AUGGGGAAAGUGAGGGGCCUGUGGUCCCGGGUGCACAAGGCUGCCGUGAGGCCCACGGGGGAGGCCGCGACCGGCCCCGCGCCCCCCGCCCGGGAGGCGGCCUCUCUGCAGGCCUUGGCUGGCGGAGUCGGGGGGAAGGAGUGGGCUUUCAUGAAUGCCACUGUGUUUGCCGGGACCACGAUAGACCCCAGUGCCUUGGUGCAGAAGCUGGACGUGGACGCGAGGAGCAGCGCCUCCGUCAGGAGAGGUGCCAAGGCCAAGGCUGUUUUGCCCAAGAAGGAGAAGCUGAAGCUGAGGCGCGAGAGGUGGCUGCAGAAGAUCGAAGCCACGAGGCUGGCGGAGCAGGAGCGCAAGGCGGAGCAGAGGCGCAGGGCCACGGUCGUGGUAGGGGACCUGCAGCCCCUGCGGGACGCCCUGCCCGAGCUGCUGGAGCUGCAGACGGGUGGCCAGCGGGCGGCCAUCAGGCCCCGGGCAGCCCAGCUGAGCCGGAUGAGCGCAGCGCAGAGGUUCCAGCUCCUUGAGGAGGAAAGGACGCGGUUUCGGGAGCUGCUGGCCAGCCCAGCCUACAGAGCCAGCCCCCUGCAGGCCAUCGGGCGGCAGCUGGCCCAGCAGAUGCGGCUGGAGGGCAGUGGGCAGUCCUGA